CCGGCCGGAAUAGUAGCUUCGUAGCACUGCUGUUGACAACACAUCUGAAACAACAACAAUAAUAAUAAUAAUAUUUAAUAAUUUAAAAAUUUUAGCCUUAAAAUUCACUAACCACAAAGGCAAAAACAAACAUCAUUAUUAUUGUUAUUAUUAACUAAAUAAUUAAGAACGACCAAAAAUUAAAACAGCAGCAGCCGCAACAGAAAAAAAAAUUUUGUUAAACAUUUUGUUUUUAUUAAAUAUUUGUUUCUUUUUAAAUUUUUAAAAUCAUAAUAAAAUAUAUUGUUAAAAAAAUUUCCUUACCUCAUAAAAAUCACUCAACAGCAGCAAAGAAGAAAACAAGGAAAUUUUGUUAAAAAAUUAAUUUAAGAAAAAUUAAACGAAAAAAAAGUUUUAAAUAAUAAAUAACGUUUUUAUGGCAAAACUAAAGUGUUGAUAAUAUUUUAACAAGAAAAAUCGAUGAGCACAAGGAAAUUAUUAAAAUAAACUUUAAAGUUUAUUUGCAAACAAGAAAAUAUAUAUGUAUAUGAAAAGAAAUUAAUUGAUUGAUUAAAGAAAAGAAAAAGUGCCGUAUAACGAAGCAAGCGAAAGAAAAUUUUUCAAACAUUUUCUUUGUUGUAAAACAGCAGCAGCGGCAGCGGCAACAGAAAGAAAAUUGUUUUCCCCCAAAAUCAAAUUGUGAUAUUUUAUAAUUUUAAAUACUUGCUUUAUGUUUUAUUAAACAUCAUUAUCAUCAUCAUCAACAAACACAACAACAACAAAAACCUUAAUUAAUACUACUACUAAAUAUAAUUGAUUUAAUUAAUUGUUUUAAUUUGAAUAAAUGAACAUGGAGGUGUUAUCCGUACAAAAUCAAUAUCCAGCUCAUUUUGCUCUAGCUACAGAUUGGAAGAGUCAACUAACAUUAUCCACACCCACAAAUGGCGGUUCCUUGAAAUCUCAGCCGUCGUAUAAAUUUACCAGUAACCCAUUUAAGCCACAUCAUCACAUCAAUCAUCCACAUCAUCACCAUCAUCAUCAACGGAAACAACAAAAUUUAAAAACAUCUAAUAGUGUUAAAUACACCUCCAACUCCUCAAACAAAUUAAACUGUGAUACAAUAAAAACAACAAAAACUACAACAACAACAACCACAACAACAACAGCGACUAAAACAAUUAACACCAAUAAAUCGCUACAAACACAAGCUGUCCAAGAAUUAUCGUUGCGUUUAUUGGAUGAAUUGCGUGCAGCCAAAUCUCGCCAUUUGGCCUGUACCGAAGUAUCGCUACCCUGUGAUCUCACACCACGCAUAGCGUUGGAAAUUUUACGUUUAGCCCGUGAAGAAGCCAAUGGUUUACGCGAUUGCACCAUCUAUAUCGAAUUCGAGGAUGAGCCCAACAAUUCUCGACGCAUAGCAACACUCGACUUGAAUGCUCAACGCUUUGGCAAUACUGGCUAUGAAAUUUAUGUUACCCUUAGCCAGGAUCAUCGCGGCUGGACUGCUUUAUUGCCACAAUUCAUGAAGAAUUUAUCGCGUACCAUAACCAUAAGUCCUGAGUUUAAUAUAACCAAACAUCGGCCAUACUCUAAGAGUUUGUGUUAAACGGAAGAAUAGGUAACAAAAAAAGAAAUUUAAAAGCAAAUAAUAUUUAAUAAAAUUUGGUUGGCAUAUAAAAUAUCAUCUUUAAAAAAAAAUAUAUAUAUACAAACUUACAUUCAUACUAACUACAUACAUAGCUACUUGUGGCUAUAGAAAAGCAUAUAACGAAAAAAAAAACGUUUUCUCAUACAAAAACACUGUAAUACACUUACACACACACUGUAAAGACCAAAAUGUUAAAGUAAAUUUAUUAAAAAAAAAGAACCACCCACCUUUUUAGAUUUCUACUUUUAUUAGUAAAAGUUGAAAAAAAAUCUUAAAAAAAAAAACUCAACAAAACCCACUAAAAUACCAACCUGUUUUUUAAAAGAAAAGAAAAAUUUCUAUUAAAUUUUUGUUAAAAUUUCUCUCAGAAAAAUUUUAUAAUUUUAUAGGAUUUUAGGCUUUUAACAAAUCUCAUAAAAAACAUUUGUUCAAAUUAGGUUUUAACAAAUUAUUUAUUAUUUUUUUUUAUACAUUAAUUUUUAAAAAUUUAAAAAGAAACAAAAAAUUCUUUUAAACAAUUAAUUUUGUUAUUUGACAAAUUUUUUUUCAUGGUAUAAGUAUUAUAUUUUUUAAAAAAAUGGCAGCACUUAUACUCUAAAAAAAAUAAAUUUUUAUUAAAAAACAAAAAAAAAAAAAAAACUUUCAUGAAACGAUAUGAAGUAUUUGCCAAGAUCUCCAACUCAUAAAAAUGUGAUACUGAUUAAGUUGCUUAGGUUAAGACAUCAAAUACAAAAUAAUUAUUAAAUUAAAAAAAAAAUACACAACAAAUAAUAAAUUCAAAACACAUCCAUUUUAAAUUUUAAGUGAAAAACAAAAUUCAAAAUUACAAAAUUUUUAUAAAAAUAAAAACAAAACAAACAACUCAAGGCUGCAUUACUGGCUUAAUGUUUAGGACCUUAACAAAAAAAAAUAAAAUUAAUCAAUUAACAAUUGUGAACUUUUUAAAAAAAAACUACAAAAAAACAAAUAAAGAAAACUGCGAUAUAUGAAAACGUCUUGAUAUCAAAUUUCAAAUUUAAUAUAAAAAUACAAAAAAAAAAAAACAAAAACAAAAACACAAAGAAAAAGAAAUUAUAAAUUUUUUUAUCAUUUGAAAAAAUACAAAAAAAACAAAUUCAAAAAAUAAAUAAAUAAUCAUAUGAAAUGAAUAUCUCUUAGUUUGUAAGUUUCUAAAUACAACAACAAAAAAGAAAAACAUAAACUAAACUCCUCCCCCUUUAAAAAACAAAAAAAAAA